UCAAAAUGGCAGACGGCAACACGAGUUUGAAACGAAAGCAUUCUAAAGCAUUUUAUGUCGGAAAUAAGAAGAAGAAAAGAGGACAAGAGCUGCUUGCUCCAGGAAUGAAGGGUGUUCUUGUCACGUGUAACGAAAGGGAGAAUUUGUGUGUACGAGAAGCUUACAACGUCCUUAAUGAAUAUGCAGACAAGCUCUAUGGUCCUGAGCACAGCUUGCAAGACAAUGACUCUGUUAAUGAGAGUGAUUCUGAAGACAUUGAGGAUGCUCUGGCCAAAGAAGUCAAGCAACUUCAAGAAACUAAAACAGAAAAAAGGUUCCAGGCUGUCUUGACUGGAGCUGUAAACGUUAUCUUUAUCAAAACAAACCUUCCUGAUUCUAAUGAUCCCACAGAUUUAGUCCAUACAGUUUUAAAUGACAUGCUAGAAAAGGGAUGCAAGAAAACCAGGCAUUGUCAAAGGUUUCUGCCAAUUUCUGGCUCCUGUCAUGCUAAUAAGGAAGAAAUGAAGAAACUUGCUGAGCAAUUGUUCCAAUCAUCGUUCUUUGCUGAAGAUGUGAAGCCAUCAACGUUCAGUGUGAUGUACAAAUCCAGAAACAACAGUAGCAUUCACCGAGAUGACACAAUCUCUGCGUUAGCAAGUAUAGUAAUGAAUGCUGGGAAGGGACACACUGUGAACCUGAACAACCCAGACUUAGCAAUCUGUGUGGAGAUCAUGAAGAAUGUCUGCUGCAUGAGUGUGGUUAAAGAUUUUAUGAAAUUGAGAAAAUACAACAUUCAUGAGGUGAAUGAGAAAAUUUUCCAAUCUCAAAGGACAGAUAAUGAGGACAGUGAAAAGGUGAAAAGCAAAAACCAACCCAUUAUGAAAAGUGAUAACAAUGAUGCUGAUAGUGGUGUGCAAAGAGACGGCAAUAAUGCUGGUAGUGAUAUGAAUAGAGAUGGAAAUAAUGCUGAUAGCACUACUGUUGAUGAAGCAACCUCUGAAAAUCCAGAUACCUGAAAUGAUGUCAGUGUUACAGUGUUGACUGUAGGUAAUGAUGGUAAGAUUGGAGAAGGUCUGCGAAAGGUUAUGAAUUCUGCCCACAGAAUUUAGAGCAUAAUUUAAUACCCUUUGCAGGAGGAUUCUCAAUAUCAUCUAAAUUGGGCUGAUAUUCAAAACCAAUCAAAGAUACACUGUGAUGACAAUGUGAUUUUCAUUUUUCAUCACAAGGUAAAAGUUGAAUUUACUUUUAAGUGGUUGGCAAAAGGUUUAUAGGUGACCCAUGCCCAAAAUUUAUUUGUAACACGUGAAUUUUACAGAAAGGGGAGAGUAAUUUAUUUAUGAAGCAGUGUAAGCAUGAUUUCUUUCAUUUUGUGAAAACCUCACAUGUAAGAAGGGAGAUUUAAACUUUUCCCCUUUAUAUACAUUUUUAGCAUAAUGUAUCUGACCUUACACAACACAGUCUGAAUUCUCAGCACAUGCAUACAGUUAUCUACAGAGUCAAUGAACUGUCAUUGGCACAAUUUUUUUUAUGUUUAUUUAUUAUCAUUUCUCUUCAGAACACAACACUCCUGUAGUGAGAUUUUAUGGAAAAUUUACUACCUGACAUAAAUGUCCUUUGAUAACAAUUUUAAUGGUCACCAGACACAUACACUCCACAUGCAUCUGAGAUUUCUUAACACAGUAAUAAAGCACUACCAAGUGGAA